GUCAAAUUGACGUACGUCAAAUUUUUUUCCUAGAAAAAAUCUACCGCUUUAAAAAUGUUCACCUGGCUUAAUGAUAAGCCGGAAGUCCGGCAUGAAGUAUACGAAAACGUGGUCGAAGGGCUGAAAAGCAUCUACAAGAACAAACUGCUGCCCUUGGAAGAGCACUACUUGUUCCACGAUUUCCACUCGCCCCCGCUAAACAAUGCAGACUUCGAAGCAAAACCUCUGAUCCUCCUGGUGGGCCAGUACUCCACGGGAAAGACGACUUUCAUAAAAUACCUGCUCGAAAGGGAUUUUCCGGGGAUGCGGAUCGGUCCGGAACCCACGACCGAUAGAUUUAUAGCGGUGAUGUAUGGGGACAAGGAGGGCGUCAUUCCGGGCAACGCUCUAGUCGUCGACCCCAAGAAGCAAUUCAAGCCGCUCUCCACCUUCGGAAAUUCUUUCCUAAACAGAUUCCAGUGUUCGCUUGUCAAGUCGCCCGUUCUUAAGGGCAUGUCCAUCAUCGACACGCCCGGAAUUCUUGCAGGUGAAAAGCAGCGAAUAGACAGAGGCUACGAUUUCACGGGGGUGCUGGAGUGGUUCGCGGAAAGAGUGGACCGCAUAAUUCUGCUGUUCGACGCGCACAAGCUGGACAUCUCCGACGAGUUCCGCCGCUCGAUCGAAGCGCUGAGAGGCCACGACGACAAAAUUCGGAUAGUUUUGAACAAAGCGGACAUGAUCGACCAUCAGCAGCUGAUGAGAGUGUACGGCGCCUUGAUGUGGUCGUUAGGGAAAGUGCUUCAGAUGCCGGAGGUCGUUAGAGUUUAUAUCGGCUCGUUUUGGGACGAGCCGCUGAAUUGCUCGGUCAACAGGAGACUGUUCGAGGACGAGACGCAGGAUCUUUUCAAGGAUCUGCAAGGACUGCCCGGAAAUUCGGCGCUCAGGAAGCUCAACGACUUAAUCAAGCGUGCGAGGCUCGCCAAAGUGCAUGCCUACAUUAUUUCGGAGCUCAAGAAGGAGAUGCCGAUGUUCGGUAAGGACAGCAAGAAGAAGGACCUGAUUUUGAACCUCCAAAAAGUUUACGCGAAAAUACAGAAGGAGCACAACAUAUCCCCCGGGGAUUUUCCGGAGUUCCACAAGAUGCAAGACCUUCUCACGCAGCAAGAUUUCAGCAAGUUUCACUCGCUCAAACCGAAACUACUGGAAGUAGUCGACGACAUGCUCUGCAACGAUAUAGCACAACUAAUGUCGCUUCUACCUUCCGAAGGUUCGUAUGAUCUUGAAAUUACAGGAGGCGCAUUUGAAUGCGUUGAAAACUUCGACUCGCCUUUCGGAUAUAAACAAGGUGAAGGAGCUAAUGCAGGUUUUGGAGAACCUGACUGGAUUGUGAGUCGCGAACGACCCAAAACCGACAUAAUCUUCGAUCGCAUAUGUCCCGAUACUGAAAAAAUGUCAGGCGCUGUUGCCAAAGAAGAACUUAUAAAAUCAAAGCUGCCGAAUAUGAUUCUGAGCAAAAUUUGGAGGUUGUCGGAUGUGGAUAAGGAUGGGUAUUUGGAUAAAGACGAGUUUGCUCUGGCGAUGCAUUUGAUAAACAUUAAAUUGAAUGGUAACGAAAUUCCCUUGGAGCUGCCCGCACAUUUAAUACCGCCUAAGAAGAGAAGUCGAAUAUACACUUGUUAGAAUAAAGAAGUAUACAAAGAUUAACCAAUGUUUUUUAAUAAAUUUAAAGCGCUGAAUCACGCGUUUUAUACAACCAUGUCGAUUUAAUUUAAUAAGAUAAAACGUUAUUUAAUAACAAGUAAUGUAAUUAAUGUAAGUGAAAUAUACAGUUUGGA